CUCUUUUUUCCAAACUCGACGGCCCUCAGGGUCGGUAAACAUUCAGGCCUGCAGCAGCUCCCCUUUCUUCAUUUUCAUGCAAUAAUCUAUCUCUUUCUAUUCAUUAUGUACCACAAUAAUGCCAUCAGAAUUCUGACCGGAAAUAGCCACCGGGAGCUCGCCCAAGCUGUAGCCGAGCGGCUCAACCUACCCCUCGUUCCGUGCACCGUUAAAAACUUCUCCAAUGGCGAGAUCAACAUCAAAAUAUCCGAAUCAGUGCGCGACGAGGACGUCUUUAUCAUUCAAUCCGGAUGUAAUGAUGUUAAUGACAAUCUGAUGGAGCUGCUUAUCCUCAUCUCGGCCUGCAAGACAGCUUCAGCCAAGCGGAUCACGGCCGUUAUGCCCUGUUUUCCUUAUGCACGAAUGGACAAAAAGGAUAAGUCUCGUGCUCCAAUUACCGCAAAACUGGUAGCGAAUAUGCUCGUUGUGGCCGGAUGCGACCAUGUAAUCACGAUGGACCUCCAUGCCAGUCAAAUCCAAGGCUUUUUCGAUAUCCCCGUGGAUAAUUUGUGGUCGGAACCACUGAUGCUGACGUAUAUUAAACGGGAGAUUGAGGGAUGGCAAAAUGGGAUUAUCGUUAGUCCGGAUGCCGGGGGUGCAAAGCGGACUACGGCUAUAGCGGAUAAGCUCGGCGUAGAAUUUGCUUUGAUCCACAGAAAACGCGAUGGAAAAAAUGAGAAUGCGCCGGAACGAAUGGAAAUCCUUGUCGGAGACGUCAAAGACAAGGUGGCGAUUUUGGUUGAUGAUAUGAUCGACACCGGUCACACCCUGACAUUGGCUGCUGAGAUAUUGCAUGAGAAGGGGGCAAAAUCAGUCCAUGCUCUCAUAUCACACGGUCUUCUGUCUGGAACUAAUCUUGGUGCUAUUAAUGAUUUGCCGAUAGAGCAACUAGUAGUGACGAACACUGUUCCGCAGACGGAGAAUCUUGCCCAAUGCCCCAAACUCACCGUCAUAGAUAUAGCACCCACGAUUGCAGAAAGCAUCCGCCGGACGCACAACGGUGAAAGUAUCAGCUUACUGUUCGGAGAAUGGGCUGAGGAUCGGAAUAGGGACGUAUAAAUACUCUUGACUUACCGUCGUCAGGAUUCGAAGAUGUAGUGAAAUUUGGAGGUAACAAAGCAAAAUUGUAACAUUACCGAAAUACUUUUAAGUUCUGGGAAUUAUAUUUCGAUAUGAC